AUGUGCCCAAACAAUAACGAGAAGAAAGUAUGCAAGUCCGAUGUGGAACACCUCUGUAUCCCCGGCACCAAAAUCGUCUUCGGCGCCGGCUGUAAGCGCUUCAUGUGGCAGCACGUUAUCCGCUUUCAGCUCUGCCCCAAGCACACCAUCUUCAAGCGGUGGAGCGACAUCGCCCUCAAACUGUACGCCGUCCGCCCGGAUGGCUCGUCCUGGACCGAAACCUGGGACCUCGCCAUCCGCCCCAAGAUCCAGGCCGCCAUGACACGCUAUGCCUCAGAAGCUGUCAAACUGGGCCUCGUGCGCGAAGAGGAUGGUGAGCGGGUCUGGGAGGAUUGGUCCAAAGGGUUCCUGUCCGAUGAGUGGGACGGCAGCACUUUCGAUGAAGACUACGCCCGCCGGUUGCUGCAGAAGGUGUCGGAUGCCGAAGACGCCGAGCGUAGAAAGGACCGCCGGACCCAGGAUGAGAUGGAGGCGCUACGCGCCCAGUUGGUGGGGUUGGGCCACGUUCCUGUCGUCCCGCCACCCCGGAAUGAGGACAGCGAUGACGGAUCCAAGGACCGGCAGCGACCCGCCCCCGCUGAAGAGCCUGCUAGGCGUGGCCGUAACGAGGAAGACGAAGAUGAUGUCGUGCCCGGCGAUUCGAUUUCGAGAGUGGUAGUCAGCAGCGACGCCCUCCCCGCUGAACCGAUUCCUGUUGCCUCUGACGUCGCUCGGGUCUUUGAUGACAUGUCUCUCGCCGAGCUUGAGAAUUGGCUUCGCCGGGGAUGGGCUCAGCUGUUCGAUCUUCGAGCCCACAUGUUCGACGUGCUCUUCCCACUGGCGGUUGGCAGAGAGCGCGGCAGACAGCCCGACAACGACCACAUCAUCGCCAUCAGGGAGGCGCGCGAGAAGCUUCUGGAGGAGAUCUUCUUCCUCGAGGACGUCAUCGACGACCGUCGGCGACCAUUUGGCGCCAGGCCUCGCAGGUAUCCCGGCCAGGGGCUCGUGUACAAGUAUUUUCUCGGCGGUGAUGGUCCGUCUCCCGCGAUAGAGGCGAGGGUUUUGGAGGCACAGAGACCUUACCUUUGA